CUCACAUUCUCUUUGUUUAUCUGUAACUGACAUACACCAUUUCUUUCUUCACAUCAAAAGCUUGCUGAGAAUUUUGCUUGAAUAUGGAACCCCAGGAACCCCCAGAGGUUUAUACAGUUCCUGUGGAAGAAGAAGUCAAAACCAAGAACAAAAGAACACUGUUUAAGAAAAAAGGAAAUAAGAAUGAGAAAAAAGUUGAAAACCUGAAAAAGGAGCUGGAGAUUGAUGCCCACAAACUAACCAUUGAAGAGCUGGAAAAAAAAUAUUCAGUUUACACUAAUAAGGGUAUGUGCUCAGAGAGUGCAAAGGAAUGUCUGUCACGGGAUGGACUCAACAAGCUGACUCCUCCAAAGGGAACUCCAGAAAUUAUUAAGUUUUUGAAGCUGAUGGCUGGUGGCUUCUCUAUUGUCUUCUGGAUUGGAUCCAUAUUGUGUUUUAUUGCUUAUGGUCUUCAAGUAGCACAGGAUCCUACUGUGUCCAAGGACAAUCUAUGGUUGGCAAUCAUCCUAAUUGCAGUUGUGGUCAUGACAGCACUUUUUGCCUAUUAUCAGGAAGCCAAAAGUACAAACAUCAUGGCUGGCUUUAAAAACAUGGUGCCACAGCAAGCUAUGGUCCUUCGUGAAGGAAAGCGCAUAGAAAUAAAUGCAGAGGAACUGGUGGUUGGAGAUAUUGUUUCUAUAAAAGGUGGAGACAAGAUUCCUGCUGAUAUACGUAUAUUAGAAUGUCAAGGCUUUAAGGUUGAUAAUUCCUCUCUAACAGGCGAGUCAGAGCCCCAGCCUAGAUGUGUUGAUCUCACAGAUGAGAACCCACUGGAGACUAAGAAUCUAGCAUUUUAUUCCACCACAUGUCUUGAAGGGACAGCAUGUGGCAUUGUGAUCAACACUGGUGACCGCACAGUGAUUGGACGCAUUGCAUCAUUAGCCUCUCAGGUUGGAGAUCAGAAGACGCCAAUCGCUCUGGAGAUUGAGCACUUUGUCCAUAUGAUUAGCGGCCUUGCUGUGUUUGUCGGGGGUGUCUUCUUUAUCAUAUCCAUCUCCAUGGGCUACAGUGCCCUCAAUGCCAUUAUAUUCUGCAUUGGCAUUGUUGUGGCAUAUGUGCCAGAGGGUCUACUUGCCACUGUCACCGUCUGUCUGUCACUUACUGCCAAACGUAUGGCCAAGAAAAACUGCCUGGUGAAGAACUUGGAGGCUGUGGAGACUCUUGGAUCUACUUCUGUCAUUUGCUCUGAUAAGACAGGGACUCUGACACAGAACCGAAUGACCGUGGCACACAUGUGGUUUGACCAGCAGAUCCAUAAUGCAGACACAUCAGAAAAUCAGCAAGGGGAAAUGUUUGAUCAGAGCUCACCCACCUGGCAGGCCCUGGCCAGAAUUGCCAUCCUGUGUAACCGUGCUGAGUUCAGCGCUGGACAAGAGGAAGAACCAAUUAACAAGAAAAAGGUUAAUGGGGAUGCAUCUGAAGCAGCUAUUCUGAAAUUCACAGAAAAUGUUGUUGGAGAAGUAAUGGCGUUUAGGAUGAGAAAUCACAAAGUGUGUGAAAUCCCUUUCAACUCAAGCAACAAGUAUCAGGUGUCUAUUCAUCUGUCUGAGGACCCUGCAGAGGAUGGUUACAUUCUGGUGAUGAAAGGAGCCCCAGAACGGAUCUUGGAGAAAUGUAAAACGAUCAUGAUAGGUGGUCAAGAAUGGCCAUUGGAUGAAAAGAUGAAAGAUGAAUUCCAGAAGGCAUACAUGGCACUAGGAAGUCUUGGUGAGAGGGUCUUAGGGUUCUGUCAGAUUGCACUCCCUUCGUCUCUUUAUCCACCUGGAUAUCCAUUUGACACAGAUAAUGUGAAUUUUCCACUCUCUGAUUUGUGCUUUGUGGGACUGAUCUCUAUGAUUGACCCUCCUCGUUCCAGUGUUCCAGAUGCAGUCAUGAAAUGUCGCAGCUCCGGCAUUAAAGUUAUCAUGGUAACUGGGGACCACCCAAUUACAGCAAAGGCUAUCGCUCACAGUGUAGGGAUCAUCUCAAGUGGAAAUGAUACUGUGGAAGAUAUUGCAGAGAAACGAGGAGUUGCCAUUGAGAGAGUAAACCCAAGAGAGGCUCGUGCUAUUGUGGUAAACGGGACUGAAAUAAACGACAUGAGCUCCGAGCAAUUGGACAAUAUUUUAAAACAUUAUCAGGAAAUUGUGUUUGCAAGGACUUCUCCUCAGCAGAAACUACUCAUCGUAGAGGGAUGCCAGAGACUGGGUUUCAUUGUAGCUGUUACUGGAGAUGGAGUCAAUGAUUCCCCAGCUCUAAAGAAAGCUGAUAUUGGGGUUGCAAUGGGAAUUGCAGGAUCAGAUGCUGCCAAACAUGCAGCUGACAUGAUUCUUCUUGAUGACAACUUUGCUUCAAUUGUAACUGGAGUUGAGGAAGGCCGUCUAAUAUUUGAUAAUCUUAAGAAGUCAAUUGCAUACACAGUCACCAAGAACAUCCCAGAAAUGAUUCCAUUCAUGGUCUAUGUGAUCAUAAGUUGCCCAUUACCCCUGGGAACCAUAACAAUCCUUUUCAUUGAGCUGGGCACAGACAUUAUCCCCUCCAUUGCUUUAGCAUAUGAAAAAGCAGAAAAUGACAUAAUGACACGAAAGCCUCGCAACCCUCGAAAAGACCACCUGGUGAACCAGCCUUUGUUGUGUUACUCUUAUUUUAACAUAGCGGCCAUUGAAUCAUUCUCCGGAUUUCUGAACUACUUCACUGUGAUGGCAGAUCAAGGAUUUCUCCCAGGAACUCUUAUUGGACUUCGAGCUGACUGGGAGGAUAAGACUAAACAAGAAGUGGAGGAUAGUUAUGGACAAGAGUGGACAUACUCACAGAGGCUCUAUCAGGAAUGGUAUUGUUACACUGCGUUCUUUAUGGGAAUUGUGAUCUGUCAGAUGGUGAACACACUCAUUCGUAAAACUAGGAGGAAUAGCAUCUUCACCCGCAAUUUCUUCAGGAACAAAAUUAUCUUCAUUGGAAUACUAUCGCAGGUGGCUAUUGCAGUUUUCUUUUUUUAUUGCCCCGGUAUGGAGGAAGCUUUGCACUUCAUGCCACUUCGAGUUCAGUACUGGUUUGUGUGCAUAGGAUAUGCUGGUUUUGUCCUUGUUUAUGAUGAACUUAGAAAACUUCUGAUCAGAACUUUUCCUGGCUCUUGGAUAGAUCGAGAACUGUAUUACUAAACUUGACAUUUCCACCACAUUUCAAUGGGACAGGCUCAACAAUGAGAGGGGCCUUUUGUAUCAGAAGACUCCUGGACCUUUUUAGCUGUCCUACAAAUAUAACAUUAUGCACUGUAUAUGUAAAUAUGUAAAUACAAAUGUAUUAAAAUAAAAGUUAUUUAAAGUGAUUGGUUUAA